AUGGCUGCCAUGGCGGAGCGCCUCGCCCUCGCCUUCCUGCUCGCGGCGGCCGCCGUACAGGCGGCAUCGGCGGUGAACACCACGCUGACGCUGCACAACCUCUGCCCGUUCACCGUGUACCCGCUGGUCACCGCCAACGGAGGCCUCCCCUCCAUCGCCGACAACAAACUCCAGCUCGAUGCGAACGGCCUCGCCUACUUCCCCAUCCCGCCCACCUCCUGGUCCGGGCGCGUGGUGGCGCGCACCCUCUGCUCGUCCCCGACGAACUGCCAGACGGGGAUGGCGCCGCCGGUGACGGUGGUGCAGCUGGUCGUGCACUCGGCCGAGGCAGGGGCCGGGGCGGACCUGGCGACCUACAGCGUGAGCCUCACGGACGGGUUCAACGUGGGCGCGGCGGUGAGCCCGCAGUUCGUCGGCGGCGGGCAGUGCCCGGUGCUGGGCUGCCCGGUGAACCUCAACGACGGGUGCCCCGCGGACCAGCGCGUCAUCGGCAACGGCGGCGUGGUGCUGGCGUGCAAGGGCGACUACGGCUACUUCAAGAAGCGGUGCCCGCUGACGCGGGUGGGCGGGAGAGACGUGGAGCCCGUCCCGCAGAGGUGCCUCGCGCCCCGCGAGCUCAAGGUCGUCUUCUGCCCGACCACCAUCUGA